CAUACCCUAAUAUUGGACAGAGGUCUGGCUUAUGCUUUCUAACGCUGACCGUUUCAAAGUUGUAAAUGGAAUUCAUAGACGAUGCUUACCCGUGCAAGCACGCACUUGAUGCUCCCAACCCUUCCCUCAAUACUUUUAUUAGGGAAGAGCUAGCCCCAGUGUGGUUUCCCUGGGCCUGAACAGACAUCCCCUGGUGAAGGCCUCUUUCUUCGAAGRAGGUUGCUGUCACCCACAGACCCCCUGCCAUUGUUGGGGUGGUCUGAGCUCCAGGGGAACAGGCAAUGGGAUUUAUCAUUGUAAUGAGAUUAGGAGCUCCUCAUCAGAGAGGGAGAGUCUCAACCUGAUCUGACUGUGGGUGUAGCACAGCAGGGCCUAACUGCUGCAUGGAAGAAUCUCAAAUGCAGUAAGUGUGGCCUACCUGAAACUCAAACAGAGAUGUGGUGUGAAUAAAUGACAGGUAAGAGACUGAAUUUUAAUGUUGCUAACGGUGGGAGCCUGAUCUAGCAAAAGUUAUUUUCUCUCUGGCUGGAGACUUUAGUAAGUGGUUCCAACUUCAAACUAAUCUAAAUGGGUACACCAAAUUGUAAUUGAAUUACCAUGUGUUAAUCUAAUGGGAAGGCUGCAUCUAGCCUACUGUUUUUGAGCACAUUUAGUUGUGAGCAUGGUUGGCACACCACAAUGUUCAUAUUGUCCCUCUGUCCUUCUCACCAUUUAAGGAGAGGUUUGGUCUGUGCACACAUCAUUCCCUGUGGUAGUUAUCUGCUGUAAUCAGCCUGUGCUCUAAGCCCAGUGGGGGGCAGUUAGCUGUAGCAGGCUCCCCACAGGGACUCUUAAAGUAUGUGUCAUCACUACUUCCUGCCACAACGUCAGUUUUUGGUCGGCUGUCAGUGGCGUGUCUUCAUGUACAAAUAAGGCAAAAGAAGACAGAUGGCACCAGCCAUGUAGAAGCCUUCCAGGACUGACUGCCUGCCUGCCAUGGAAUCUAUUCUUGUUUUCAUUAUCUUUUAGUGGCUAUGGCGAUUCUGGGCUUCAGUUUUAUCUUGUGCAGCCUGAAUUGGUGAUUAACUUUUCUGUAAGGUACUGUACGUUGCAUGCUGUGCUAAAACAGGAAACCAUUGCCUUUUUGAAGCAGUUUAUUUAUCUUAUGACAUAUGAGGCUCCUGUUGAGUGUUACUCAUGGUUGCUCUCUUGUUGCAACAGGAAGUUAGUUUACCAUGCAGCCAACCAAGCAGUGCACCCUGUACCCUACCCAAAUAUGAGAAUGAAGGAGACUUGGACAACAGAAAUGCCCCUGAAGAUAAACCUGUCCAGCGCUCCAAAUCCUUCAGCUUCAAGACACCGAGGGAGGUGUGRUCGUCAUGUGAGAAGACCGUCUACCCCAUGGAGAGAUUGGUGGCUAACAACCUGAUAUURCACUCGGCCUGUUUCUGCUGCAAACACUGCAACACCAAACUCAGCCUGGGCACAUUUGCUGCCCUUUCGGGUGAUUUCUACUGCAAGCCGCACUUCCAGCAGCUCUUCAAGAGCAAAGGCAACUAUGAUGAGGGCUUUGGCCGCAAGCAGCACAAGGAGCUUUGGACCUCCAAGGAGGGAGAGAACAUAACAAAGACUGCGUAGCCACGCCUGUCUGUCCCAACCCUUCUCCCACGGGAAAGGCUAUACGGACACUCCUGACCUGCAAACCCACUUUUAUUUUCAGAAUUGGUAACGGUCGGGGUUAGUUUUAGAUUUUGGGUAGUUUUGCAGGUCAGCAGUAUCCUGCUGGUAUUUCCCAUCUCAUCCCCAAAGCUGCCUCUUCUCCACCUCCAACAUGUCAUAAAGAGCACCAACAUGUCAUGAGGGGAGCAGUCAACGCUCCUGUGCGCUCGCUCCACAUCAUGGAAGACAGACACACCCACUAUGACUGGCCAGUCACGCCCCUGUUGCUCGACAUUUUAUUUAGUGGGGUGUUUAUUACUUUCAUUUGGUUUUAGUAUCAUUUUACAUUUGCUCUUCUGAAAUUGUUGAUUGGGACCAAACUGCUUAUUCACAAACCAGUGGUAUGUUUUUGCUGUCUGCGGACUACAUUAUCAUUGUUUUCUUGUUUAUUUUUCGGAUAAAUUUGCACCCUUUUGACGCAACAGGCGCAAGGACCGUAUGCUCAGGUGAACAUAUGGUUAGAGAAGCUGGAGUUCACUCUAAGCUGUAGUGCAUACUCAGGUCAACCAUACUGAGCUAGGUUCAUUAGCAACUUUGUAUUUUAUGACCUCUUUUUAGUUCCAUAUAGUCAAUUAAAUCUAACACCAAUUUUAACGACCAGUCCUCUGCAUUGCGGUAGCACCGGCGGAAGCCAAUUUGUGAGUUUGUCAGGGUUCACUUAUCUGAGAAACAAACACGGUACUGUGAAACUGUCACACAUUCUCUCUCUCUCUGGGUACAGUUAGUUGAAUUCUGUCUUACUGUUCAAAUGUUUUUUUGCUCCUAUGAUCUGAAUGGCUGCUAGGUUUCAGUUCUGCAUGUUUGUCCUGUAUGAGUCUUAGCUGUCAUACCUUUAGUCUGUACUGCCCUCCUGUGUUCUGGAUGACUUUUUACAACUAAUCCGCUUCAUUGACUCUUAAUCUCACUUUACUGGUUUUAAAAUGCACUCUUUGCUCUGUUAUUUGCUGGGUUUGACUGUCAUGCGAUAAGUUGCUCUCACUCGUAGAGGCUUUUUUGUCUUUAUUCUGAAUGAGAAGUAUCUCAUAGGUGUUUGUACAUAGCUUGUGCUUAGUGAACAUAUCGCACUAUACUGUGCACGUAUGACCAUGCAUGUUAACCAGACAGGUCAAUGUUUGAUUGGCAGGGAAUAUAGCCUAACAGGAAACCACAACUGUCACGCUAAUAUCCCCUGCUGCUUCCUGUCCAUGCAGAGCUGUCUGUUCAUGUGCUAAGUUGGUGUGUAAAACUAAGCGGGACUUUUGGAUCUUUCAAGACAACUGUGAACUCUGGUGGGGCAACAAUGUCAAAUCCUGAUGUCUGUUAUCUGCCAAUUGGGAAAGUCAGCUCUAGAAAGAGGCCAGAGUUCCUGACGCAGAAUUAUGAGUUGGAUGACCGUUUGGAGAAAAAAAAUCCCAUCCAGCUUUUUUAUUUUUGAGUUCCCUGUUGCCUUGAAUGCUUGAAAGUCAGAGAAUUCCGUGUUCUGAAUGCGGCAGAAAUUCACAUAUGACUGGGAUGUCCUGAUGGGGCCACAAGUGAAAUCACAUAAUGUAAAAAAAWAUAUAUAUAUUAUCUUGCUUCUCCAGUGACAUCAGAUCUGCGAACAUAAAUAUAUAUAUUUUUUUUGAUAAAUGCCACAGGGCUUUCUUGUCUCGACUGCAUCACGUGAUUCUGAGCAGAGGUGGUGGAUUUGUGAAGAUGGUUCACUUCAGGCUGUUUACCAUUGGGGGAAAACGUCAGUUUCAGUCUGCUGAACGGGGUGGAUCUCCCAUCGACACCAAUGUGAUAGAUAGCAGCUGCGUCUGGUCUACUUUAUUGACUAAUGUAACCAGAAAAUGAGGGCGUGGGAUGUCUCCCUGCUUCUUCAUCUUUGAUUUUGAGCACCAGGACCUAGUACUAUAUGAGGGGUGGGCGCUAACAGGGAAUGUUGUUUGACCUAGGGCAUGUUCAGGGGAAUUCCUACGCAGUGCGUAAAGCCCAGGCCAACAGUGCCCUGAACCUCAGAGUAGCGCCUCCUGGUGGGAGAAGAGCGGUAGGAAAUGCUUGAGUCAGUUCAGCAAAUCCCAGUCAAGGCUUGAGAUAUUACAUAUCACACAAUUGUCAAUAAACACGUUUGCCCCCAGUAAUUUCUUCUGUAUGGCUUUUACUCAUUUUUUAAAGAUGUGGGAGUGGCCUCGGGAUGAAACUGUUGUGCAACAGGUAUUUUUAGGUUGGAAUGUUCUAAAGCGACACCUGCUUUAGCCAACAAACUCAAUAGACAAGAUUUUAUUUUCUUCAUUCUUGCUUUGGAAUGAGACUAAAGCCAUUGAAUUACAUCAUUUGGGAAGUAUUCAAUGCCACAACACUUGAAUGACACAAUGUAUAUUGUGAUGGAAAGUUUACUGUGAAUUAUAUACUGGGUAGUUCGAGCCCUGCAUGCUGAUUGGCUGAAAGCCGUGGUAUAUCAGACCGCAUACCACAGGUAUGACAAAUCUAUUUUUACUGAUCUAAUUACAUUGGUAACCAGUUUAUAAUAGCAAUAAGGCGCCUUGGGGGUUUGUGCUAUGUUGGGCAUAUACCACACCUCGGGCUUCAUUGCUUAAUUAGAGCAUGCUGUGCAGAAUAGAAAAUAAAAUUUUACUUUUUGAUAAGUAAAGCCUUAAAAAUAAAUGGCAAAAACCAUGGCCCAACAUUAUUGCUUUUCAAAACAAAUUUAAUUUUUAAUUUUUUUUGAGUGCACAUACCUUUCUCCCUGUUCCAGCCUAUCCCCUGUGAAUGAAAAUAAUCCUUCUGCUUGUUUUCCACUUAGUCCUUGUGGUGGAUAUGAGUGGCUUAACUCAGCCAGAAGUUUACGUACCCGCUCAUCCUCCACUCUCUUGAAUGGUUUUCAUUUUGUCAUUACAUUUCCUCAAGUUGUAAAGUUAUCUAUUUGUUUUUAAAAUGUUGUAACGGUCCUCGAGAUCACCCAGAAUGCUUUGUAACCAAGAACAUCAUAUCAAAUAACACUGUGUCCGUAUCGUCUGUUAUGUGUGAGGGGUGUGCCAAGGUACAAUGGCGUUAUCCUGUGAAUAAACAUUCUUUGUAUAGAGAAACAAACGGAAAGAAAGAAAGAAGGUACUUUUCCAUACUGCGAGGAGGUUCAGGUCUAUGAGAGCUGUGUGACUGUGUUCUGCGAGUCAUGUAGUUGUGUGCAAAAUUGGAUGUAGACUUAACAUUUAUUUUUCAAUGCAGGUGUCACUGUUGUCAAUGUAAAUGUAUGCAUUUAAAAACAAAAACAUUCUGUGUAACUUGACCUGUGGAUGGUGGCCUUACAAGCAAAAGGACGUUUUGGCUCUUACUCGUCUUUCACCUCUACUCUCUUCUUCUUUUGGAUUAUUACUCCAGUUAAAUUGUGUUGUAGAAGAACAUGAUAAUAAUGUGAUUUGUCCCAACCUACACAUACACACAAUCAAAUGUAUUUUGUUCAAUCAUUUUCUUUCAGUAGUUUAUUUUAGUUUUUACAUGCUUUUGGAAAAAUAAAUGAAGAUGCUGGUGUUGAUAAGUGA